ACGAUGGAAGGUCGUGCUCUCACAGCUAAAAGGUUGGAAGGAAAGGUAGCGGUGAUCACCGGCGGAGCCAGUGGGAUCGGAGCAAGCACCGCAAGGUUGUUCGUCCAGCACGGCGCGAAGGUCGUUAUAGCCGACGUCCAAGACGACCUGGGCCACUCACUCAUUCAAGAACUGGGCUCCGACGAGACCAUCACCUUCGUCCACUGCGACGUCACCAUCGAAGACGACAUCCGCAAUGCCGUGGACACGGCGGUCUCUAAGUACGGGAAGCUAGACAUCAUGUAUAACAAUGCGGGAAUCAGCGGCAACUUCAGCGGAGUCUUGGACACCGAAAACGAAGAUUUCAAGAGAGUGUGGGAGGUGAACGUGUUUGGUGGGUUCUUGGGGGCCAAGCACGCAGCCAGGGUGAUGAUGCCAGCCAAUAAGGGAUCCAUACUCUUCACUUCCAGUGUUGCUUCGGUGGUGGCUGGGCAGACACCGCACGCUUAUACGUCUUCGAAGCACGCGUUGGUGGGGUUGAUGAAGAACCUGUGUGUGGAGCUGGGAGAGUAUGGGAUCAGAGUGAACUGUAUCUCCCCUUUCGGGGUCGUGACACCGAUGACGAGGAAGGCACUUGGAAUGAUGGAGGAAGGCAUGGUUGAAGAGUUGGUGGUGGGUAAAUCUGCCAACUUGAAGGGUGUGGUGGUCAAGGCUGAGGAUGUGGCUCAGGCCGCUCUCUACUUGGCCAGCGAUGAGUCGCGGUACGUGAGUGGGCUCAACCUCGUUCUUGACGGGGGUCACAGCACCACCAAUCCAGCUUUCCUAGAUGCUGUGUCCUCGGCGUUGAACCUUUCUAUGACUUAGUAGACC